GGACAUGAAGUCUUGAUUCAGCCACCUUUUAGAUUCGGAGACAAGUUCAACGUUCACAUUUCGUCAGAUACUGAAUUCGCAGACGACAAAGAACCAUGUCGACUGAUCAAGUGGAAACACUGGUGAUGACACAACUCAUUGAAAGCAAAGUCCGCAAAUGGUUUCAACUCAACAACCUGAAGAGAAAUGGCAGCAUCAGCAAACAAGACUUCACAGAAAUGAGUGAUUCUUUCGUCAAAGAGUUCACCCUACCCGAAAAAAAGGCUAAUGCGAUUCGAAUGUGGAUGGAAAAUGGAUGGGAAAUUUUGAUUAAGAAAGGGGAAGAAAUUGCAGCGAGUGGCGGUGUCGGUGGAAUAUCGCAGGAAACGACGCCGACACUGCUAGAAGUAGGACGGAAGAUGCGCGAGAACGGAAGUAUGACAGAACAGGAAUACGUCACUGCUUUCAAGGAACUCGUAGGUGUCAACAAGAAUCUGUUUGUCCAGACCUUUGAAGCGAUGGUCGGCAGUUUCUUUGACGCGUUCGAUGUGAACGACUCGGGUUAUCUUACAACUGAAAAUUUCCAGCGAGGGAUGAAGUGUUUUGGAAUGACGCACACUGAGGCUCUGGAAAUGAUGUUUCAAGCCAUGGACACAAAGAAAGAGGGCAAGAUUGACAAGGAAAGGUACAUUAGCCACUGGGUGGAGUUUAUGACUGGGGACAACAAGGAUGGGGUGAUAGCCCAGUUUCUAUGUAGGAUGUAAAAUUAUUGUCGUUUGCACAGAUGAUA